UGCAGCUGAAACAACUUUAUUUUCGAUGUGAAAGCUUUGUCAUCCCUUUAGUGCUUUUCAGUUCAUGUAUAUUUGCAAAGAUGCAAGAUUACAACAGAUUAUUAACCCUUUGUACUGCGAGUAAAUCACUGUCAAUGUUGUAUCAACCUCUAUUCUGCCCGAGUUAAAGCUCAGGCAGCCAUGGCGAAUGCAGAAUAGGUGAACCAUAGUGAGCCAAGCAGGAUUCAUAUAGACCGGUGCUUUUUUUGUCAGACGUAUCCCCACAGCCCUUCAUCGACACCACCCCUCAUGUCCCAAAUGGGUUAAUGUAAAUUGAUUUGAAACUGGAUAUUGUUUAACUAUCAAUGAUAUAAAUGUGAACAUAAUAAUAGGUGUUACAGUGUUCUUUAUACAAUUGAACUAAUGUUUGUCGGUUCAGUUAAGUUUGCAUUUGUGCUACAAUUUGGCUGUGCAACAUUUUUAUCUAUUACUUUGAACUAUUGUAAUUAUUCAUUAAAUACCUUUACCUCUUUCUCCCGUUAAUACUUUAAGUUGUGUAUUUCAAGCAUUCAUCCAUUAACUCUCUUUAGCCAACUGCUUUAGCUGUUUAUCCGUAAUUGUGGCCAUCUGUUUCAGCUGGUUAUACAUACAUUUUGCUAUCUAUUUCAACCAUUAUCCAUAACUCUUAGCUAAGUGUUUCUGCCCACUUGCUAACUAGUUGUGACACACUCUUAAUCGCAGGAUUGUUCAGGUGUUGUGGCUGUCUCAUUGUGGAUAUCUAUUAUUAAUCAAGUCGUAAUUUCUAUUUGAUCGAAUUAGUUGAGUUCACGGUCUUUCCACAUGCACUGGCGGCAGAAGACGUAACUCACCCCUAUGUAUUAGUACCCCUGGUGGGGAAUCACUGAUAGGUAGACUAUAGACCAUCCUGAGCUACUGUAUUAACACCACAGGGAGAGAUAGAUGGUGGGCAUGGGAGCAGUAGCGGCAGCGCUCUAAAUUUAGUCACCCGUCCGCAUGUGAACUAAAUACCAAUGACAACAGACAAACUGCAGCCCACCCACUCAUUCAGUCCCUCAGCCCGUCAGGUCAGGCUGCAGCCCCCUCUGCCCACCCUCCCCACGAGAAGCCCCAGUGCAGGGGAGUGCGAGCACCCGCACAGGUCGCACUACCCAGUCUGACCCUCUCGCCUCUCACCUUUCCGACUUCCUACCCUGAGGAGAUAGGCGCAAAUUGAGACCCCCCCCCCUCCCCCGAGGGUCCUUCAGGACAGGUUGUACUUAUGUGCACUGUCUCCUGGGACUUUCUGCUUCACCCCCGAACCCCCAGGGGCAGCCAUGUCACAGUUUUCUACCAUGACGACCGGUGAGAAGAAAAUGCAGGCGGCAGCAAUCUGCCAAGAGGUUCAAGCCCAGGAAGAUAUAGAGAUAGAUCUUGGGAAGAAAAUGAGCGUGCCUAAGGACAUCAUGCUGGAGGAGCUGUCUCUUGCCUCAAACCGGGGCUCCCGUCUCUUCAAAAUGCGCCAGAGACGCUCAGAAAAAUACACUUUUGAGAAAAUCCAGAAUGAAAACAACAAGCAGCUCAAAAACACAGCUGUUUCUCAAACGGAGAAUGGGAAUGCCACGGAGAGCCACAGCGGCGAGGACAACUUGGGCGACGACCAACCACCUAAAGCGCCGUCCGACACGCCAGAUACAAAGACGCUGCCAAAUCCGGACAGUAUCGCCCCGGGGUACGGAGGUCCUUUGAAAGACAUCCCCCCAGAGAAGUUCAACUGUACGGCUGUGCCAAAGUCCUACCAAUCACCCUGGGAGCAGGCCAUCAUCAGUGACCUGGCCUUGGCUGACACUCUCAUCACCCACUUGCCUGAGCCAGAGCCCCAACCAGAUCUACCAGGGUACAAAAGUUUCAACAGGGUGGCGACCCCGUUUGGUGGCUUCAGCAACGACCCCAGACAUGCUCCCAUCAAGCCAGUCCAGGUGGAGCCCCUCCCCGACUACCCUGAGCUCCAGGCAGACACGACAGUAAAUCGACCCUCCUUUAAUAGAUCCGCUCUGGGGUGGGUGUCAGUGGGCGGCCCAGCUCCCCUCCCUACCGUUUCCCUUGAGCCCCUGCUCAUCCCUGAGUCAGAAGACCUUUGAACCCAUAAUGAAGUCACACAGAGAUGCUGCCUAUUUAGUUGCACCAGAGGUUAUGGUAGGUGGGAAAAUGAUUUGGUCAGAACAGAGUCGGGGUGAGAGAAAGCGUCCUAUUGGAGGUUGCUGGUGGAAGUUAUCGUGCGUGCAGCACCCCUUGGUUUUCCAGGGAUGUUAGCGAUUGCACUGCACUCAAAAAUGAAUUAAUUAUGAAUGACUGUACAGUAGGCUGAGACACUACUGGAAUAA